AUGUACUUCCCGCGCGCCGCCGCCGUGCCCGCGGGCCCGCCCUCUCCCGCGCUGUCGCCCGGCGGCUGGGCCGCACCCACGACGGCGCCCGCCUCCGUCACCGUGCACUACCACUACCUCGCCGGCCGCUACCGCGAUCUCUCCAGCGAGCAUGGCCUGGGCCUCGCGCGCCUCUCCUCCGUGCCCGAGGCCGGCGCCGCAGGCAGUGCCAGCGGCAGUGACGCUGGCUCGCUCAAGGCGGCCUCGCUGCGUUCCGACGCUGCCUCGCUGCGGCCGCGCGUCAACGUCGGCGGCAUCUUUCUGGGCGCCAAGCGCCCGCAAUCGACACAUCCCGGCGCACUCGACAUGCCCGGCGGCUCGCCGCACGAGCAGGCACAGCCGCCGCGCCGCAAGUCGAAGCGCGAGCAUGCGCGCGAGCGCGUGCGCCAGGACGAGGUGCUGCGUCGCCGCAUCGAGGGCGCACGCGAUGUGGGCCGGCUCAAGUGGGAGGCCAAGUCCGCGCUGCACUCUGCCUCGCACUCGCUUGCCCUGCUGCUCCUCACGCGCGCGGCCACGCUGCACUCGCUCUCCUCUGCGCUGCAACUAGCCUCGCUGCACGCUUCAGGUGCCGCACGCGGUGGUGCUCCACUCGUGGUGCUGCUGCCGCGCGACCCGCUGCUGGCGCUGGCGUGGGUGUUCGAGGCAGCAGCGCUCUUCACGCAGCGCCUCGACUCGCGCUCGCGCCGCGCCGAGCCGCCGCGCGCCGACGACGGCCGCACGCGCGCUCAGUUGGCGGCGCUGCUCUCGACGCUGCUGCGUACGCCGCAGGCCGAUCCGGUGCGCGCCAAGGACGCAAAGGUGAUGCUGCCCAACGUGCCGCAGGGCUCAUCGUCGAGCAGCAAGAAGCAGACGGAGCUGUGGACGGAGCUGCCGAACGUCCUCGGCGGCCUCUCAGGCGCACCAACGACGCCGCUCGAGUCGGCUGGGCCCGACGACGAGGAAGAUCUGGCUCGUGCGGCCGCCACGGCGCGUGAUCUGGCGCUCGUCCGGGCGAUUGCGCUCACGCGCGCUACGCUGGCGCCGGGUGAGGGAGGCUGGGCUCAGGCGAUGCGGCGAGAGUGGGAGGAGGUACGAGAGGCGAUGGGCGGAGAGGAGUUCGAGUCGAUCGUAGUGGCGGCCGAGGAGCUGUGCGCGCAGCUGGAGCGCAAGAAGCGCAAGGAGGCAGACAUCCGCACCGCCAGCCAGGCCCUGGCACGCGCACUGGAGCAGAGCCUGCCCGAGGCGCACAUCCCCGUCUCCGAGACGCGCACGAUGCCCAUGCCGCCCAGCAGUCCGCCUCGCAAGGGCUCUACGACGGCGCCGACUGGACGCGCGCGCCGGCGCUCCCUGGAGCUUGGCAAUGCGCGGGCGCCGAAGCUGCUGUUCCCGCGCGGACCCGGCUCGGCGCCUGCGCAAGCGGCCUCCACCGUGGCGCUCGCGGACCCGGUGUCGAAGCCGGACUCGCCGCGCCGUGCGCUUGGCCGUACGAUCAGCCUGCAGAAUGGCCUGGUAGCUCGACCGCAGUCCACGAUGCUCGAGGUGAAGCCCUCGUCCGGCCUGCGCGCCCGGCGGCCCAGCUCCGUGUGCUCCGACUCGCCGAGCCUGCUCUUUCCGCCGCACGAUGACGAGGAAGAAGUCGAGCAGACACACCUGCGUCCGCCUGCCAAUGGCCACAACGGCGGCGGCAUGAGCCAGGCAUCCAGCUCCAGCAGCCUCUGGUCAGCCGCCGGCGGCAACAGUGCUCGCGCGCCGAGCGGAGGUGUGCCUCGCCGCGUGGCAAGUCUGUACGGCAUGCCGAGCGCAGGAGCAAGCACGGUGUCGACGUCUGGCGCCAACGUGGCAGACUACGGCGACGUCGGCGGCACCUUCGACCCGACGGCCACGCUGCGCGCCGCUCAGUCUCGCCGCAACCGCGUCAUGUCCAGCGGCGCCAGCAUCAGCACGGUGAUGAGCGUGCUCUCGACGGCUCCGAGCAUCGCAGAGAGCAUGGCCUGGGAGCGCAACCAGCCGCUGCGCGACGAGGGCAUGUCGGCCGCUACGGACACACUGCGCCGCCUUCGCACCGCCAGCACCUCUUCGCGAAGCAACCUGCACGCCUUGCUGGGACACGGCGACGGGCCUGCAGCGCCGCAGCUAGCCGAGCGUCUCGAGCGGACGAUCGGGGCGUCGCCUGCGCGUCAACGACAUGCCAGCCUCGGCGUGCGUCGUGCCCGCACGGGCAGCAACGCCAGCAUGACGAGUCUUUCCUCGUUCGUCAGCACGACGAGUCGACAGGCAGCCAGCGGCGCACGUGCGCCUCUUGCGCCGGCUCUUGGACGGCCACUGACGAGCCAUUUCGAGAUCCGCCCGGCGAUGAGCCGCGCCACGUCUGUCGGCAGCGGCGGCGACGCGCUCGGCUCGCUGCGGCGCUUCGGCGCGCCCAAUGGUACCAGCAGCGGCAAGCGCUCGCCCCUGCCGCCGGCGCUGCGCGUAGACAGCAGUGCCGCAUCCGAGGCGGCUUCUUCGCCGCGCGCCUCGGAGGCGACGUUGCGCUCGGCAUCCGGCACGGCGACGCCGCGCUCCUUUGCCGGCGUCGACCCGACGCUCUCGCGCCCAACACCGGCGCGCAGCGAGAGCACCACGUCGCUCACGCCGCUCUCGCCGACGCCCGUCUCGCCGAGCCAGAGCUCGGCCGCCUCGCCCGUGCACACGCCCGGCGACGAGCUCGACGCUGCGCUCGCGUCGGCGGAGGAGCACAGCCGGCUCAAGACGGCCGCGAGCUGCAAUGGCUGUGGGCGCAGCGUGGUGAAUGCGCCAGUGUCGCGCUCGGGACAGGUGUGGUGCGGCCGCGAGUGCCGCGUGGCUGCAAAGGACAAGGGCAAGCAGCGCGCUGCUUGA